UGCAACUUCAAACACCAAUAACAGAAACGAGUCCGGUCCUUUUUAGUGCCCCAUACGCCAUCAAGCUUAUCCCGAAAAAAGAAAAAAAAACCCAGGGACAUUUCCAACACACAAUAAAAUUCAAAAACACCACCACCACCACCACCGUCCCAAAAACUCUCCACUGGCCGUAGAGGUAUAAACAAAUUCGACGCCCCGUCCUUUUCUGGAUCGAUUCCGAUCUUCGUCGCGCUCACUUUUAACAAGAGGCGGGAAAUUUUCUGGUGCCGCCCCACACCGAACUCCGAGGCCCCCAGAACUGAACCGAGAGGCGGCAAACGUCCGCGAGCCGCCAAAGCGACCGAAACUAUAUUCCGAACGCGAGUGUGCAAAAUUGGGUUUUAAUGUGCGUAACAUGGAAGACGAACAGCAACACUUGUUAGCUGACGAGUACGUCCAAGAAUUUGUUUUGGAUCACUUGGAAAGUAUUACAGUGAAACGCGAAGAUAAACGUCAAAUGAUGAUGGAAAGUAGUUCACCAUCAGCAGGCUGGAUUCAGCCAGAAGAAGAUUCUUCAAGUAGGCGCUGGAAUGAGCGCAGGAAUUUAUCGCCUCCAGAAUCGAUUUAUCCUCAAUCCUGUUUGAUUAAUAUGAUCGAUCCAGAAACACCGCCGCACACUUCUCCAAGCCAAUCUCCAAUCUAUAGACCACCUUUGGAAGAUGAUCAACCAAUCAUGUGGUUGCCUCAUAUGCAAAUGUUACGUCAAGAGCCUCAGCCUUUGGAUUUGAGGCAUUUACAUGCAAUGGGUGGAGAUCCUGAAUGGGAAAGGCGCGGCUAUAUACCUUCUGGCAUGAUCCAAGAAGAACAUCAUCAUAUUUUACACAGGCCAGAAUCAGUUUCAUCAGUUACAAGUGCUUUAUCACCAAGAAUGCACCACACUAAUCGUAAAAGCGCUAGUAGCGGUUAUUUAACAAGUGACAGCUACAAUACAAGCGGUUACUCAACCUGCUCAGAAGAUCUCAGCCUGAGCGACAAAGCCUUAAUGACUCUAUCAGUGCGUGAACUAAACAAACGCCUUCAUGGAUGUCCCAGAGAAGAAAUCAUCAGACUAAAACAAAAAAGACGCACCCUUAAAAACCGCGGUUAUGCCCAAAACUGUAGAUCAAAACGACUACAGCAACGUCAAGAUUUGGAAAUAACAAACAGAAGUUUACAAAAUGAGCUUCACAGGACCAAAUCAGAGGUUGCAAGGUUGACGCACGAGUUGGACAGAUUGAAGUUGCAAAUGCGGAAUCAAAAUCAGCAGGUGCCUCAGGGUCUGAGCUGCGACGGGCAAAAUUCGCCUGAGUUUUACGUCUGACAUCACUUCCAGGGCCGGAGGGUGUAAAACAUUGGCCGGCUCAAUAAUUGGACAACGUCAGUGAAGUGCAAAGUAUUUUUGUGAGUUUUUUAUUUUAAUUUUUAUUUUAACAAUCAAUAAUAUCACUAAUUAUUGUACUAUAAUUAUUAGGACCUUUUAAGCAUAUCCUUCAAUUACCUACUUAUACGAAACUUGUUUUUUUUUUUUGUAUAAAAUAAUUAUUAUUAUUAAUUAUAUUUUAAGAGUAUUUUUAUAUAAUAUUACUAUAUCUUUGAAACAGGGUCGGUUUUUUUUUUGUAUCUUGACGCCUGGCUAAACAAAAAAAUCUUGUUAUGUUUUAUAAAAUUAUAAGAUACGUUGACAAAUUUAUUGUAAAUAAAUUUUUUUAGGAACCAAAAAUCGGAAAUAAAUAAAGACAAAUAAUU